GCUCGUCUGCAAAUCUGCAAUGGCUAGCAUCAGCAGUCUUGCAGCACUUAGCCUCUUCCUUCUCGUGAGCGUUGGAUUAAGCGACGCCAUCCGGGUGGCCAGAUACUCCAGCUCUCAAGGAGCGGGACAGGGAGGGGGGAAUGGUGGGGCGUAUCAGAACGGCUCAGGUUCAGGGGUUGGGCUCGGUUCGGGAUCCGGUGAGAGCGGUGCGGACGGCGUCUACGUGAGUGCCGGAGGCGGUGGUGAGGGCGGUGGCUGGUCACAGUACGGUGGUACUGCUUUUGGUGGCGGGUCUGGUACGGGGUCCAGUUCCAGCCAGUAUAGCUCGGGAUCAUCUUUCGGUAAUGGCGGGUCUACUCUUGCCGGGGGCAUCGGUGGCGGCGGCGGCGGUGGACAGGGCUCGGAGAACCAAGGCUCCGGUGGCUACGGUACCGGCGGUGGCACCGGAUCCGGCUCUAGUGAGGCUAGCUCCGGCGACCCGCCCUCGGCCACACCACCGUACGCAAGCGCAGAUGCUUCUGGCAAUGGUGGUGGCAUGGGCGGUGGUCGCGACGGUGGGACUGGUGGCGGUAAAGGCCACGGAUCUGGAUUCGGCGAAGGACAGCCUUAAGAGUUUCCUAUCAGAUUUUCAAAGCUGGAGGCCAAAAGAUGCUAUUUCAUUUUCAUUUGCUUUGCGUACGUUGAUUUUUUUAUAGUUUUACUUGUGGCCCUUUUUUGUACUUCUAGUUCUAGACAGGAACUAAUAAUGGCUUCCAGCAACCCUAGCUAGCCAUGACCUAGCAAUGCGAGUUCAACAGAUCAGAUGUUUGAAGAUUAUUGUGUGGUCAUUAUUAUAGUAACUCAUUGUGUUCU